AUGGCGAAAGUUCUAUCGUGGAACCCUAUCAUUGACGACACUUGCGAUAAUCUCUAUCUAUUUCUUGGUUGGGUGUUGUGCUCCGGACCAACCUCUGGUUGGAGUCCAGCCACGACAGCUGCUACAACCACAGCUCUUGCUACAGCUACGGCAAUGCCAACCAAUAGAAUGCCAACCUCAAACCAGAACUGUGCAAGCUGGUAUACAGUUCAAUCGGGUGAUGAGUGUGCUACAAUCUCUGUCACCGCCGGUAUCACUCUUGAUGAAUUUCUCUUCCUCAACCCGGAAGUUGACACAAACUGUACAAAUCUCUGGGUAGAUUAUGCCUACUGUGUGGAAGCAGUUGGUGAUAUUGCAACCUAUUCUGGGUGGAUGACGACUACUACUACUAAUGUCAUUUUCACAAAGCCUACGACGACUAGAACCACAUAUACACCGGGGCCAACAUACAUCCAGGCGUUUGCCCCUGGGACAGACACAGAUUGUGAUGUCUACCGUGAUGGUGUAAACUCAACAGAUAAUCUCCUUCAAGAUUCCGGAAUCGACACGAGUGACUGGGACUCUCUUGGAUUCAACUUCAACGACUGCUCUAUAUUUUUGACUUUGUAUGGGGUUAACGCUACCCAGCUCGUUUCCUGGAACCCAAGCUUAACCACUUCCAACUGCACUCUGCAGAUGGGAUACAGCUACUGUGUACUGAAGUCUUGGGAUCUUAUCACCGCCACACCAGCGACCGACUCUGGAGGUUCAAGAUGCCUCCCUAUCAACAGCACAUGGGUUAUGCCAGAUACAGUCUCCAACUGCAACUGCUACACCGUUAUUCGCGGAAAGGAGAGCGAGGGCGUUGACUGUGAAGCGCUGUGCGGAGAUGACGAUGACGAUUUCAUAAUCACAGAAGAAUCCCUGAUCAACUACAACCCCUGGAUUGGAUCUGGGGACUGCUCCACUGGAUUAUUUUCAAACCUCACUGGUGAAAAUGCCCGGGCUGUCUGUAUUGGAACCGGAUCGAUAUCGUCAAGCUCUGCUAUUGCCACAGCUACUCCGACAACAUCGGCAGCAGACACUUCAACUAUUGUGACGUCGACUUCGGCGUCAGCCACUGCUUCCAUCACUGCACAGCCUGGUAUCAUCAACACUUGUGACAAAUUACACAAGGUCGUGUCAGGAGAUACAUGCGACGCUAUUUGCAAAGCCUAUGAUAUCACACUGGCGACAUUCUACGAAUGGAAUCCUCAGCUCAAUGACGCGUGUACCGCCAUAUGGCUGGGCUACGGUGUCUGUGUGGGGAUUUCUUCAUAG